ACCGCGUUUUCGGUAGACUGCUGUUGGUACGUCGUAUGUUCUCUGCGUCUUCUUGCCUCACCUUCAUUUCGUCGUCAACUGCGGAACCUCGGACACUGGUAUCGUACGUCAUUGCGGUGUAUAACCCGGUAAUAUCACCGUCGAAUACGAAUUUUGCGUAUUCGUGUCCCGUCUUCGGGCGGAGUUAUCGUGUCGUACCAUACCUACCUGACGGUGGAUAGAAGAAAGAAGUAUACGAAAAGGGAACAUUGCGAAUUCGACUUACGAAAAAAAAAAAAUUAUAAUCGACGAUGUCUGACAACAGAAACAAUGGAACUGGCAACAGAAACAAUGGGACUUCAAAUAGAAAAAGUGUGGCUGGCACUAGCAACGGUGGAGCUAGCACCAGCAACGGCAGAGCUAGCACCAGCAACGGCAGAGCUGGCACCAGCAACGGCGGAGCUAGUACCAGCAACGGCGAAGCUAUCACCAGCAACGGCGGAGCUAGCACCAGCAACGGCGUAGUUAGCACCAUCAACGGUGGAGAUAGUACCAUCAACGGCGGAGCUAGCACCAGCAACGGUGGAGUUGGCACCAGCGUCGUGAACACGACAAGACGUUUGGUGAGUACAAUCCGUCAUGUUUAUUUUUUUUCUAUUUAUAAAGAAUAUCGUAAGUAACAUGGUAGUGGUAGGUAUUGUUGUUGGGCUCGUGGCGAUUAAUCCGGUAGUGUGGCGCGCAAAAAAAAUUCACAAACCAUAAUGUAUCUAUUAAGUCGUAAUAUGUUCG